AUGGAUUGGUUUGGAAAUUACUUCUCUAAGUUUCCUGAGGAUGUUUCCUUUCUCAACACACAUGCACCUCUGUUGCUUUCACUCGUAUCAUCUAAGGAUGAACAACAUUUUAUCUCCAACUUGAGGAGCUGUGCACCAGCCCAGGCUGUGGUGAAGCAGCCUUUCCGGGGAGCCAGCAGCAGGACAGCAAUCACAUCCAUUGUCCAGACUGGUGGGGACUGGAGCACUGGCCUCUUCAGUGUCUGCAGAGAUAGGAGAAUCUGUUUCUGUGGCCUCUUUUGUCCCAUAUGUCUUGAGUGCGACAUCGCCAGGCAUUAUGGAGAGUGUUUUUGUUGGCCACUGUUACCUGGGUCCACCUUGGCGCUGAGAAUUGGCACCAGAGAGAGACUUAAAAUACGGGGCACCCUGUGUGAGGACUGGCUGGCAGUGCACUGUUGCUGGCCUUGCUCCAUCUGCCAGGUGGCCCAGGAACUCAAGGUGAGAACCUCCCAACUCUAUGAAAUCUAUAUGGCCCCUUCAACCAAAGAAACUGUUAUUUGA